AUGAACACAUGUACACAGCCUAUUUUAAUUGAUACAGACAUCCAAAUGGAACAAGAUAGCCCUACAUCUAUGGCAGUGCCAAUAUGGGCAAUAGCCAUUAUCGCUAUACUUGUUGUUGCAAUAAUCAUUCUUAUUCUCUUUUAUUUAAAACGACGUCGUACACGAUCUUACUCAGUUGAGACAAUACACCGAAGCGAAGAUUACCCGAUUAAAGAUCACUCUAUUAAAGAUAAUUCUAUCAAAGAAAUGAAGCAAUCCGAAUCGUUAGGAUCAUUUCAAACACUUGUAACACAACAAAAAAAGCAAAGAUCAAUGAAGUUUGACGAGUCAUCUAUUACGACUACACCUUUACCAACCCCACCUUUACCUAAUAUAAAACAACAACAUCUAGAGGGGACUACUUCCCCUCUUAAUACCAACAACAACAAGAAAGCGGAUAAGCCUGCAUCAAUCUUUGACGAAUCAGAUUACAGUUAUUCCACUCCUCCUGAGCCUUCUUCACAGGAGAUCAAAAUUUCAUUACCACUGCCACCCCCCUCUUCUUCGUUUUUCUCUGAUAAAAUGGAAUUAAAUGGAGACCAUGGUCAAGAUUUAUUCAACAUGUAUCUUAACUCAAAACCUACUGAAAAAAGUGAAUUUAUUUCAAUUGAUUUGGAUACUGGGCCAUCCUUUUACUCUAGUGCAACAGCCAACAUACAACAGAAAGCAGCUACCAUGAAGAAUUCCCUGUAUCAAUCACUAAGAAUACAAAAAGGUAAUAGUGGUCGUACGUCGGCUCAGCACAUGUUUAGUGAACCACAGCAAAAGGCACCGAAAAAUUCAGGAGAUUCAUAUGGAUAUCAACCAGAAUCUUCAGAAAAGACUCAAUACAUUCAUAACUCUAGUACAAUCACUACGGACUCAAAUAAAACCGUUAUUGAUAUGAGAGAGUUUAACAAUACUACAAAACAGCCACUCAAAAACCUUACUGUAACUCGUAGUUCAGAUGAUAUGGUUGCAAUAGAUGACGAGUCUCCGAUUACUCCUAAUCCAAAUCUACAAGAACCAGUUCGUGCAGCAAAGCGCGUCAUUCGAUCCGCUUCUAGAAAGACAAAGACUCGUUCUAUGGUCGUCAAUGAAAAAGAUCUUCUGCCAAUUGAGGAUGAAGAAAGUACGGAUUAUCAAGGCCUGGGUGGAACUGUAAAAGAUUCGAAAAAAUCAAAACGGGACUCGGUCAGAUUUGCUAGUUUCCGUGGUCCUAGAAAUAGCGGUGAACAUAUGACAAUUACGUCUGGCUCCAUGAGACGUCUGGUGCGUGAAAGUAUCUUGUUUGAUGACGAUGCUAUUCCUUCCAUGCCUCCUUCUGCUGCUGCUAUGGCCUCUACCAGAAAUACAAAUUCACGAAAAAGUAAUAUCAGCGCUGUUGACAUUGCUAGUUGGUGGGAAAGCAACAGCAAUACCCCUAAAAAUUCAAAUUCAGCCACCAUCACAACAAACGAAGACAGUGAUAAUUCAUUACCCCUAUUUCAAAACAUUUCUGCAGGAUCAAACAGCUCUAGUGCUCCUCAUCAGUACCGUGCCUCUCUUACAACAUCUAUUUUUGGUACUUUGUCAAAAUCAAGUACUGCAGUACUAAACGAAGCAAAUCACGAAGCCGCUGGUGCUGCUAAUGGUAAUGCCACACGUCAUAAUUCAUUUAGAAGAGGAACACUUAGUCGAAAUACAUUAAGAAACAUAACUGCAGGUGCCACAAAUGUAAAUAGAUCAAUCAAAGGCUUGUUCGAUAACUCUUCAAGCAAAGUAGUUCCUGAUGAUAGUCAAAAGAUGGAACUUGAUUCUGAGCCUGUUGUUCAGAAUGAAGAGAAAUCAAGCCCACAUGAGCGUUAUGGUUCAAUUCGUCAAAAAAGUGUUCGAAACACAACUCAAACAAGGCCAAGUAUACCAUCAACAUACCUUCCCAAUUCGGAGUCAUCCACGAAAUAUGCGCUGAGUGACGAAGAUUAUUUCCCUGAUCAACAAAAUUCAGCUGUCGAUCAAAAAUUGGACGAUCAAAACAAGCUUAAAGAAGAGCCCAAGCAAGGUAUAAUGCCAACAUCUGCCAACAGUGAAGUAGACACUAUUCGACGCAUGUUGCAAGAUACUUGGAAAAAUAAUAUGAAGGAAAGUGGAUCUAUGUUUAGUAUUUCAUCUGAGACCGAGAGUGUCGCUACUAACUCGACGCAACAAUCGGGCUUAACACAACAGUCUGCAUCCACUACUGGCACAAGCAAAUUCGUAUCUCGGCAUCAGAACCAGUCGCUUUUAACCAAGUCCUUGCUUACACAACAAGUCGUUAAGAGAGCCUCGCUUCUAGGACGUACAAGACAAUCUGACGAUUUUGUUCCUCAACAAGGUCCAGAGCCAACUGCUUCAUUUUCCUCGUCUACUGCAAGAACCAUGGUACCUGAGGCUGCAAAUGAGCCAGCCAGUGUUCGAUUAAAUGCAAUCAACCACGGAAGCAAUAAAAUCCAACAAGAUGCAUGUGACAAUGUACUUUUAAACCGUCUUUCAACAUCACCUACCUCACCUAGAAACAGCAGUGCUAAUAGCAGUAGGGGUCAUAGUAGAAAAAGCAGCGGAGGAAAUAGUGCUGCCACCGCAUUGCGAAUUAGCUCAGGAUACGCCAUAAAUGCAAAGACUUGGAAUGGGCGUGCAAAUCAAAAACGUAAUUCUCGUCCGUUGGUAACACAAAUCUUGGACGGCAACGACGAUGAAACACCCUCAACACCAGAUACCGCUCAUCUUGUAUCACCCGUGGAACAGAGUAUAGGAAGAGCCAGUGUGAAUAAACGUGCAUUUUUUAGUACAAUGAGAAAAGGCCAAAAGAACCGUGGUAGUAUUCCCUGGAUGGCAGAAGGGGACGAUCAAGAUAAAACGCCUGCUCAAAUAGAGCGUGAUAAAUAUUUAGAAGGAAAGUUUUAA